AUGGAUCCGAACAUCUAUGCCCUAGUUUUAGAUACCCUAAACAGAGCAACAAGUCAGAAUACAGAAGUGUUAAAGCCGGCUGAGAAGAAGUUGCAAGAAUGGGAAGUGGAACCAGGAUUCUAUUCUGUUUUAUUGAAUGUUCUUUCAAACCAUUCUAUUGACAUAAAUGUAAGAUGGCUAGCAGUAAUGUGUUUCAAGAAUGGAGUAGAUCGUUACUGGCGCCGUAAUGCUCCGAAUGCUAUAACUGAUGAAGAGAAACAAAAGCUUAGGCUGGGAUUGCUUACUACUACAAUAUUGAGUGAACCUAUCGCACAAAUUGCAACACAACAGGCUGUUUUGAUUGCAAAAAUCGCUAGAUUUGACUGCCCUACAAACUGGCCAAGUCUGGUGCCAGACUUAAUUAGUGCACUAAAAGCGCCUCAACCACUGGUCCAACAUCGAUCUUUGUUGAUCUUCCAUCACGUUAUAAAGGCUUUAGCAUCUAAAAGACUUCUUGAAGAUAGGCGGACAUUCCAGGAACUAACGAUAUCAGUGUACUCCUUCAUAUUGAACCUAUGGCAUGAAAACACGGAAGUGUUCCUACGUCACAUCCAAGAAGGAGCUGCUACAGAACUGAUCACGGAGCAUCUGGAGAAGGCUUUACUUUGUCUGAGAAUAUUGAGGAAAUUAACAGUGUUUGGUUUCAAGAAGCCACAUGAGAGUCAAGAUGCUAUUGCUUUCUUGAAUGUGGUGUUCGACAGAGCCAAGACAAGUUUGGAAUGCAGAAAACUUCUAAAAGGCCGUGGUAUUUAUCCGCUGGAAUUAUGCGAGAAAUUCAUAAUUCACCUAACUAAAGUGGCAUUGGGUGUGUUAUGUUUCCAUCCCUUCUCAUACGUGCCCUUGAUACGUCCUUCUUUGGAAUUCGCUUUGUAUUACUGCUUCACGGAACAAGGAAUGGUGUUGACAUACGAAAGAUUUACCAUACAGUGCUUGAAUAUUGUGAAGGGUAUUUUGCAAUGUGUGGAAUAUAAGCUGCCCAAAGCAAAUGAGCCAGUCAAAGAGCCUUUGACGCUGGAGGCGCACGGCGUGAAGGCGAGCGUGCUGGACGGGCACACGGCGUGCCACAUGUGCCGCCACCUCGUGGCGCACCACUUCCAGCUCAGCGCCGACGACCUCGCGCUGUGGGACGCCGAGCCCGAGAGCUUCGCCACCGACGAGGCGGGCGAGUCCUGGAAGUACAGUCUCAGGCCCUGUACAGAAGCAGUGUUCAUGGAACUGUUCCACGAGUUCCGAGCAGUCCUGGCGCCGGAGCUGGUGCGGCUGCUGGCGUCGCUGCAGGAGAGCCACGUGUCGCCGGGCGACCUGCCGGCCAUAUUGAAGAAGGACGCCAUCUACAAUGCCGUUAGACUCGCCGGGUUUGAUUUGUAUGAUGAUGUUGAUUUUGACGAAUGGUUCACAAAUGUGUUAAGCCAAGAACUUAAAAUAAAAGACGACAACUAUAGAAUUAUUAGAAGAAGAGUAUGUCAGCUUAUUGGGCAAUGGUGCGGGGUGCGCGCUUCCCAGGCGCUGCGGCCGGCGAUGUACGCGGCGCUGCUGGAGCCGCUCGCGCGCGCCGGGGAGGACCCCGCCGUCAAGCUGGCGGCGGCCGAGGCGCUCCGCAGCACCAUAGACGACUUCAACUUCGAUGUGGAACAGUUUGCCCCCUUCGCCCCUCACGCAUUGUCGGCUCUUUACGAUCUGUUGGUGGAGUGCAGCGAGUGCGAGACGAAGAUGCACGUGCUGCACGUGAUCUCGUACGUGACGGAGCGCUGCGGCUGGGCGGUGCGCGGCGGCGCCGGCGCGCUCUUCGCCGCGCUGCCCGCGCUCUGCACGCACGCGCAGCACCACCACAUGCUGCGCGCCGCCGCGCUCGCCGCGCUCGUGCACCUCGUCAAGGCACUAGGCGAGUGCGCCCCCAACGUGCGCCCGUGGGUGCUGAACGUGAUCAACGAGUCGACCAAGCUGUCGGAGCCGGCGCACGUGUACUUGCUGGAGGACGCGCUGGAGCUGUGGCUCGCCGUGCUGGAGACGUCGCCCGCGGCCGACCCCGCUUUGUUGCAGCUCGCGCACAAUCUAUCUCCUAUAUUGGAACAAUCCACAGAGCACAUCCGUAUAGUAGUGUAUAUAAUGCAAGCGUACGCACUGCUCUGCCCCGAGGAGUUCUUCACGGGCGCGGGCGCCAAGUGUAUGGCGACGUUGGACGACAUGCUCAGCGAUAUGCGCACGGAGGGCGUCAUCACCGUUCUCAAGAUGGCCGAGAUAUGUAUCAGUGUAAGCUUUCCGGAGAGGAACGCUUUUUUGGGUGUCAAAGUUAUAUGGCCGACCUUGAUUAGGGUUAUUCACUGUCUCCUAGAAGGUGACGAUCUCCCCAUGGUCCUCGCGGUGCAGCUUUGCCUCUUAUCCCGCGUUAUCCUCCUAUCUUCCGACCUCUUCUACAAAGCGAUACAGGAGGCCUCGGCGGGACUCGCGGAGUACGACUCGGACCCCGCCAAGGUCCUCAGUAGAGUCCUCCAUGUAUGGACUGAGAGGAUGAACUUGGUCACUCAGGUUGAGAGGUGGAAGGUUGUUGGUCUUGGAUUAGCUGUGCUUCUAACGACACAAAAUGCCACAGUCCUCGAGCGCUUCCCCGCCAUAUUGCUGAACCUCACCGAGGUGCUCAAUGACGUCAUGAAAAUGGAAGAAUCUGGAAAUUAUGUUGAUGCGCUGGUGUCGCCGCCGGGGUCGCGGCCGGCGUCGCCGCUGGAGGGGCGCGGCGGCGCGGCGCGCUGGGGCGGCGCGGGGGGCGGCGUGGCGGGCGCGGGCGAGGAGGCGGCGAGCGCGCACGAGCAGCGCCGGCGCCGCGCCGCCGCCGCGCACCCCGCGCGCGCGCUCGACCUGCGCGCCGUCACGCACCACCAGCUAGAAACACUUAAAAGUCAAGUGGGACAAGAAACGUACGAGCGACUCUUACAGUCCACCGACAAGGCAACUCUGCAGCAGAUUAGAGAAUAUAUACCGCUC